CUUUCCUUCUUCAAGAAAAAAAGAAAAAUGUUCGCUGCUUCCCGUGUCUUCUCCACCGCCGCCAAGCGUUCCUUCUCCACCUCCGCUGCCAACCUCUCCAAGGUUGCUGUUGUCGGUGCUGCUGGUGGUAUCGGUCAGCCUUUGUCUCUCUUGUUGAAGGAGAACCCCCAUGUCACCCACCUCUCCCUCUACGAUAUCGUCAACACUCCCGGUGUUGCCGCUGACUUGAGCCACAUCAACACCAACUCCAAGGUUACUGGCCACACCGCCGAGAACAACGGUAUCGAGGCUGCCCUUAAGGAUGCUCACCUUGUUGUCAUCCCCGCUGGUGUCCCCCGCAAGCCUGGUAUGACCCGUGAUGACUUGUUCAACACCAACGCCUCCAUUGUCCGUGACAUUGCUACCGCUGCUGCCAAGCACUGCCCCAACGCUCACUUCUUGAUCAUCUCCAACCCCGUCAACUCCACUGUCCCCAUCUUCGCCGAGACCAUGAAGAAGGCUGGUGUCUUCAACCCCAAGCGUCUCUACGGUGUCACCACCCUCGAUGUCGUUCGUGCCUCCCGCUUCGUCUCCGAGGUUAAGAGCCUUGACCCCAAGGAUGUCAAUGUUACCGUCAUCGGUGGCCACUCUGGCGUCACCAUUGUCCCUCUCCUCUCCCAGACCGGUCUCGAGUUCACCAAGGAGGAGCUCGAUGCCCUCACCCACCGCAUCCAGUUCGGUGGUGACGAAGUCGUCCAGGCCAAGAACGGAACCGGAAGUGCCACUCUUUCCAUGGCCUUCGCUGGUGCCCGUUUCGCCAACUCUGUCCUCGAGGCCACUGUCGGUGGUAAGAAGAACGUUGUCGAGCCUUCCUUCGUCCAGUCCGACAUCUUCGCUGCCGAGGGUGUUGAGUACUUCUCUACCAACGUCACUCUUGGUCCCGAGGGUGUUGAGAAGAUCCACGCCGUUGGUCAGGUCACUGACUACGAGAAGGAGUUGAUCAGCAAGGCCGUCCCCGAGUUGAAGAAGAACAUUGCCAAGGGUAACGCCUUUGCCCAGUAAAGCAGCUUCCCUCUACCCCCACUUUUUUUUAUUAGUCACCAAAAAAAACAAAACAAGAAUCAAAGAUGUAAAAAAUUAAGGUGACUUUUGUGUAAAAUAAUAAACAAAAAAACAAAAAACAAAAUAUGU